AUGUCAGAAAUACCAACGGAUGGAGGAGCGGGAUCACCACCUCCACCUCCACCAACACCAACAUCUAAAGGAAAGAAAGAACCAAAGGUAAAGAAAGAGACAAAGGAGCCAAAGGAACCAAAAGAACCUAAAGCAAAGAAAGAGGCAAAGCCAAAGGAACCAAAGGAACCUAAAGCAAAGAAAGAGGUGAAACCUAAAGAACCUAAAGAACCAAAGGAACCUAAACCUCCUAAAGAACCAAAGGCAAAGAAAGAAGUGAAACCAAAAGAGCCAAAGGAACCGAAAGAACCUAAAGCAAAGAAAGAGGUGAAACCUAAGGAACCUAAAGAACCAAAGGAACCUAAAGCAAAGAAAGAACCAAAGACACCAAAAGAAACGAAAUCAAAGAAAGAACCUAAAGCAAAAAAGGGAAAGGAUGGUCAAGAUGCAUCGAUGAUCGUUGCACCACCCGAACUAUUAUCUCCUGGCACAUCUACUUCUACAACUUCUACAACAACUACUACGACGACUACUACUACGACCGCUUCUACUCCAACUGCAUCUAUCACUGGAAAGCGUCCUAUUGGAUCACCUCCGAGCGCACAACCUCUCAAGAGAAAAAAGAGAGAUGUAGAGGACGAAGACUUUGACAAGGAAGAAUCGACCGCUGCAACAGAGGAAAAGGAUGAAGAAGAGGAAGAAGAAGAUAUAGAAAAGGAAGAGGAAGAAGAGGAAGAAGAGGAAGAAGAAGAAGAUGAUGAAGAUGAUGAAGACGAUGAAGACGAAGACGAAGAAGAUGAAGAUGAAGAGGAUGAAGAAGAGGAAGAAGAAGAAGCAGAGGAAGGUGAAGAAGAUGUUGAAGGAGAAGGAGAAGAUGAUGAAACUGUUGCUUUAUCAUCAAGUUAUGCUCAUGUACAAGAUGAUACAUCUUUAAUAGAAACACUAUUUGAUCAAUUUUCAGAAGAACAACAAACUAGAUAUGAAUUUUAUCGUAGAUCUAGUUUUAAUAGAGCAAAUAUUAAAAAGGUGAUGCAAGCUGUCAUUCCAAGUACAAAUGUAAAUCAGAAUAGUGUAAUUAUUAUGGCUGGUAUUACAAAAGUUUUUGUUGGAGAACUUGUUGAAUUAUCUAGGACAAUAAUGGAAGAAUGGGGAGAACGGGGACCAAUUCGUCCCAGACAUAUGAGAGAAUCAUAUAGAAGAUUAAAAUUAGCAGGCAAAAUACCCUAUUAUAAAAAGCUUUCUGAACAUUCUUAA